AUCUUUUAUUCACAUUUUUAUUUGAAUUUGUUUUCUUUCUUAGGAACUUCAGGACCUUGGUAGAGAUCCACCGGCGCAAUGCUCUGCUGGUCCUGUAGGAGAUGAUUUAUUCCACUGGCAGGCAACUAUUAUGGGACCACCUGACAGUCCAUAUCAAGGAGGAGUAUUUUUCCUUACAAUUCACUUCCCCACAGAUUACCCAUUCAAACCACCUAAGGUUGCUUUUACAACUAGAAUUUAUCAUCCAAAUAUAAACAGUAAUGGAAGUAUUUGUUUGGAUAUUUUAAGAUCGCAAUGGUCCCCAGCACUCACCAUAUCAAAGGUGUUACUCUCAAUAUGCUCUUUGCUCUGCGAUCCAAAUCCAGAUGACCCUCUGGUACCAGAGAUAGCAAGGUUAUACAAAACUGACAGGGAGAAGUACAAUGAAUUGGCACGUGAAUGGACGCGCAAGUAUGCCAUGUGAUGCGCCAACCUCCGUUGACUUCAACAUCUAAAAACCACCAACAAGCAGCCCCAGCCUAUUGCCACUUAUGCAUCAGCACCGAUUGAAAUUAGUUAUGGCUCGUCUACUUUUAAACUUAAGCCAGUACUUGGGAUCGAAGAGUGCUCAGACAAAUGUGGUCGAUCUGAAAUUAUCCUUCGUCCUGAGAGGCCUGCGAAUAUUGAGACGUUGCCACCCAAUGGCAAUUGAGGCAAUUUUAAAAGGUGGUCACAUAACACUAUAUAUAUAAAUCAGGAAAAACAGAAAACAGAAAAUAUGUCCGCUUUGAUUUUCAUAAAUAAAAAAAACAAAAUGGAAGUAAAAUAUAGGAGAGUGAAAGUAGGAUUUGUAUUUGAAUUUAAUAGUUUAAUUUCUAAUUAUAAUAUGCUUAUGAUACCGUAAUUAUUAUGUACCUACUUUCUCAGUGAAAAUGAAAAAAAAUGGAAAACCUUUGAACUGACAGCACACCAAUUGUUAGUUUUAAACGCAAGUGAGCAAUGUUUGCCCGUCCCUUGGAACGAUGCAGUCACUUUUUUGUAAGACUGGGCUAUAUAUAAAUACUACUGAAACUAUACCUGUAUGUUUUGUUCAAUUAUUAAAAUUCCUUACCUAUCUAACAAAUUCUACGAGUAACUCGAAAUUUUGUGGUUUGGUUCCUCUGUGUGUGUGUAGUAGUUUUAAUUAUGCAUAUAUCGUUCAUCGAUAAAUCGGACUAUACACUAAAAGCUGGAAAAUUCACUGAUGAAAACAGUUAUGCUGCUAGCGUGGAGAUUGUUCUUUACCUAAUCGCGAGUAGAGUAUCUCUACCCGUUUAUGGGUCUAUACUAAUUAACAAAGUUAUUCACGAUAUCUUAUCGGCCCCCGAGAAUUUACAUAUUCUCCCGGGCUUCGUUCACGUACUAUGGAAGAAGUUAUUAUAGUCAUCGAUGUCACUAUUUAUCGAUAAAUGAUGAGAGCGACAUUACAUUUUGUUUGGAUUAUCACGUGAAACGCGUUCGAACCAGGAAAAAGAAUUGUUUCGAUGAGCCGUGGAGUUUGGUCACGGAUUUAUAAAAUCCUCCGACUUCAAUUUUAUAUUAAUGCGUCAUUUAUAAUUAUCAGCAAAGUCAUGCGUCGUACCUUGCGAAUCCACGAUUCGCCUGUCGCUAUAUUUUAUUUGCAUCAAUGCGUUUACUAUUGUUUUGCGUGUAAAUUUUUCCUUUAAGCGAUAACUUUUUAUUAUUAUUAUUAUUAUUAUUACUACUACGAUUAUUAUUAUUAAUAUUAUUAUUAUUACGACUAUUAUUUAGAAUUUGUCUUAAGUUUCCUUGUCAACCACAAUAUAAAACAAAAUAUACGUACCUACACUAUUACGAUCUUUGCAAAGACCUCUACCACCGCGAGCAAAAAUGGCUAACCGUUUUACAUAUAGUAAUUUUAGUCUCUCCGAGUAUACCAAGAUACGUUUUCUUAACGCUAUAUAUUUUUCAUAUAUAUACAUAUAUAUAUAUAUAUAUAAUUAUAACAUAUAUAUACGUAUAUAUAUAUUGUGGCUGAAAAGGAUCGCAGUGAGAUUUCAGGACUACUCCGCCUAAAUCUACCUAAUUACAUUCUAUGAUAACGCGAUGAGAGAGAGAGAGAGAGAGAGAGAGAGAGAUUGCGAAAGUGAGAGAGAGAUUACGUUGUCGAUGUAGCAAUGUAUCGUUCGUCGGUUAUAGUUCGUUUUAAAAAAAAAGUAAUUUAAACAAAAAAAAAAAAAAUGAAAUAAAACGAUGCACCACCUGUCGUUCGGUGCUAGCAAUGUUCUUUCGGCUUCUGAAUCUAGAUAAUGAAUAAAAACUGAUUGAGAGACAUCGUAACGACGCGGUCACUUAAUUAGACAGUAAGCGAACCGAGGAAGGGAAUCAAAAGAGUAAAAGAGAAAAAUGCGGGGAAAGAACAACAAAGCAUUUCGCGUUUGCGAGGGCAUCUUUGAAAUGAAGAUCGGUGCUUAGGUGAAACGAUUAUGGCGAAGCUCGCGGAGCGCGGACAAAUGAAGCCUAGAAAACAGAAAAAAAAGACAAAUCGAUUAGUAUGUAAGACGGCGUAUCACACACUUGUUAAAUGUCGAUUUUGUCUCGUACGAACCUGUAUAUCAUCGCUGUGUAAUGUUAAUUAAUCCACCGAAGUGAGAAACGAGUGAACCGCGCGGCGAACAAACGCAUGCCGAGUACAAUUGAUCAUCGUUCACUUCGAAUAGAGGGAGAAAAACUACUCAUGUGUAAUUAAUUAUUACUAUCGCAAUAAUGAACAUUUUUAAUAACGUAUCUUGUGUACAUUUUAGCAUUAGCCCUUUAUAUAAUAAAUUCCACAUGAUGACAAGCGA